CGCUUUCUUCUGCGUCGCCAAGCGGUUCUCUGAGCACGCCCUUCGCUUAAGGAGCCCAUGUCUCCUCCCGCUUUCUCACUCGAGGAGGCUAUCUUCCGCCGCUGGGUUGGGUGCCUACAGAGUGACAUCGAAGGGGAGUAACCCUCGAUUUCCUCUCACUGCACUGACAAGUUCGAGAGCGUUCUCGCUCAGGUUUGCAACUAACGCCUCGACUACGGUGGAGGGCUCCGAUGUGCUGACGAAGAUUCCUCCGGAUGAUCGAAUUCUUGGUUCUGGAAAGAAUAAUUUGGUACCUGGGGAAGAAUUAUUUAACAUCAUCAAAUCAGCUUGUUGUGGGCCCGAAGGGCUGGGUCAUCAUUGGUUGAACAAUUUUUGUAAUGACUACAGACUCUUGAACCAAGGAGGGAUCACUUUGGUUCUUAUGAAUGCUUUCAUUCAGGAUGACUCUUUAGUUGAUCGUCAUGAUCGUAUUCUUAUAAUUGAAAGAGUAAAAUUGUUCAGAAAAAUAUACCCAAAGCUUAAUGUUAUUGGUCUGCAAUGUGUUAGCUCAGCUAAUUCAACGGAGAUACAUUCUGAGGUUCUGAAAACGAUCAUGGAGGAGUACAUCUCAUUUCCAAUCUUGUUAUUAGACAGAAAUUUAAUUAAGGUGAUAGAUUCUGCUGUCUACUUGUUCUUUGAAGGUGCUCCAGGUCAUGCUUUCUGCAUUAAGACAGAUACAGAGCUGGGCUCCAUAAAGAAAGUGAUUAACGAAUUAAGUUUGUUACUUAAAGAAAACAUGUCUGAGAAAUUAAAUGGAGACAGAAAUCAAGAUGCAGCUACUGAGGAACCAUGUGCUGCCUCUGCUUUCAGAAAUUUACUUCUGUACAAUGCAGGAUCCUUAUCUGUGGAUGAAGAUGGAGGUCGCAUAUUUUUAUCUGACAGCAACCACCAUAGGAUUAUUGUUACUGAUUGUGCUGGGAGAAUUCUAGAUUCGAUUGGCUCUUCCCCAGGACUUGUGGAUGCUGAUUUUGAAUCAGCGAAGUUAUGCCGUCCAGCUGCAUCAUUUUAUAAUGUUUCUGAUGGGUGCUUGUACUUUGUGGAUUCUGAGAACAAUGCAAUCAGGAGAGCUGAUAUGACGAGAAGGUUGGUGGAAACUAUGUACCCUAUUUCAAAGUCUACUAGUAUUUGGGACCGGAUCUCAGGUGUGUGGAGCUGGAUCUUGAAUUAUUUUGGGCUAGCAAAAAAUAAUAUAAAAGCAGACGAGCUUGGUUUUGAUCUUUUCGCCUCUCCUUGGCAUCUAUGGAAUUUAGACGAUAGUGAACUCAUUAUUAUUAGUCGCAGUUUUGCAGUAGCAUGGACCAUGAGCAUGAAAACAUGGAAACUCAAAGAGGUUAUCAGAGGAUUCCAUAACAUCUUAGAGAGAUAUGGAACUUUGAUAGAGGAAAAGCUUUCGUGCUUGAGAGAUGGGUGUUUUCCAUUAGUUUGUUCAGAGAAGAUUUCCUGUGCUGAUUUGAUGUCAGCAGUUGCAAAUAUUCAUGAUGAUAUUAUCACUUAUGACACUGUUGGUCAGAGCCUGGUAAAAUGUAGUAGGAAAUCUAUGCGUUGUUCCCAGAUUCAUUUCUCAAAUAUGGGCGUCCUUGGUGUGCCAUAUUGGUUAUCUUGCCCUAUUGAAAGAGUUUUUAACAGUGGUCGCGAUUUAAGACGGUCAAUUGAACAUGUCCGUAACUUCAGUGUGCUUCCAGGACGGUGUGAUGUAAGGGUAAAUGUAGAAAUACCAAAAAACACUGUAUUAGCGGCACCACUGGAUGAAAGCUGUAUCUGGCGUCAAGCAAGAGGAUCUGCUGCCGAGGUUUCUAUGUUUGAGAAAGGUGACUCACUUGAAGAGAAGGUUGGUGUUGCUCAGCAAUGGUUUGAUGAGUUGGAUAACCUUGCCUUUGCAAAUCCUGAAUUUGAAAGCCUGGAAUCUAGUGAUGAGGUUGAUGUUAAAUCUGCAAACAAAAGUUUCGAAGACACGGGGAAGGUUCAUUUUAACUGUGCUGUCAAUGUUAGCCCUGGUACUAGUGAGGUAAUUGUUUCCGCAGCUCUUUAUUUGAAGCCAAACCCAGCAUUAAGUUUCGAAGAAGCAGCGAGUUUGCUAAAUUCACAGAAUCAUGAAAAUAGAAUGCUAGAGAGAGAAUCCUUCAAUUUAUUUCUUAAAAAAUGUGGGCAAAUUUCCGACAUAAUCUUCACAAAACCGUUGCAUCUAAGAAUAAAGUUGGAUUGUGGAGAUCAUCCCGCCGCUCCUACUACGAAAGAAACCAUCUUGACGGACACCAGAUUAGAGUUGAAUGUGACUUUAGAAUAAUAAGGCAAAUUUACAUGCAUACCACACAAUUCUUAUGUAUUUACUCAUCUAACACCUUAAAUUUGAUAUUUACAUUUGUGACAUCUCGGUGUCAUAAAAACACGCAUCAAAAAGCUGAAUUUCCGUUUUAAAAAGAUAGUAAUUGUGAUAUUUUUUAUAUGAUGUCAAAGGUAUCAGCCAUAUGCAUGUAAAUAUCAAACCUCAUAUGUUAGAUAUCUAAAUACAUAAGAAUUAUGUGGUAUGUUCGUAAAUGCUCCGAAGAAGAAUGGUUCCUCAGGCGCUUAAUGUAGUUCGUUCUUUUUCUCUUUAUUUAUUCUUUCUCCCCUUAUUUUUGAGGUGAUUAUUGCAGACUUUAGGUUUUAGGUCUUGUUUAGUGUUUAUGAACCAUUAAUAAUAUUCAUGACAUAUUUAAGAUUACAAUUUGUCUUAUUGGAGUUAAUACUGUAUUUGUCAAA